CUUUAUUUGCUACACACACCUAUUUCCCCCGUGCCGGUGCUUUAUGCAUUUUUUACAUCUGCUAUUUAUCCUACGGUAAAUUGAACCUUUACAAUUAUCUUAUGAGUCUAAGAAAGAAAAAUUUAUCGUCUACCUAAAUUCGAUACAUGGAGGGGGAAACACAGGUUUGCAGCGUUAGGCCUGACAUACGCAUUUCAGCUUUCGUGGAAGAUGGACUUGGGUGGAGAACGGUAUUAUAAGCUGAGUAGAAUUCUUCUGUCGAGUCUCGGUCUGUGGCCUGAUGACAUUUCAACUUUCAAGAAAGUACAAAUAAUGUUUUAUCAAACGUUAUUCAUAUCCUUCCUAAUAUGUCAGUGCAUUCCAUUAUUUAUAAAACAGUACAGCAUCGUGUGUAUUAUUAAAAUGUUGUCAUAUAUUAUUAUGACUUGUGUAUCUAUUCUGACGUAUAACACAUGUCUGCUACUCAACGAUAACAUCAAAUAUAUCUUCGAUAGAAUUCAAUACGAUUGGAAUAUGUUAAAAGCUCAGGCAGAAUUGGAAGUUUUACGAAAAUAUGCAAACGGAACAAACUUCUAUAUAAUCUGUAUUUUUCUUACGAGUACGAGCACUUCGUUGGGAUUAGUUAUAAUAAGUUGUUUUCCCCGUGUACUUGAUGUGUUUAUACCAAUGAAUGAAUCACGUCCGCUACAACUGAUAAUUACUCUGGAAUACUUUGUCGACGAAGAAACAUACUUUUUCGCUAUUUUGACGCAUAUGUUCUUAACUUUUUAUGUUGGUUGCAGUACAAUAGUAACUAUUGUAGCAGUGCAUCUAAUAUACAUUUCGCACAUUUGCGCUUUGUUUAAAAUCGCCAGGUAAAAUAAGAAUCUUAAAUAUCUCGAAAAAUUACAGGAAGUCAAGGCCAAGAGAGUCAAAGUAAAUACAUUAAAAUGUGUUUGCUAUAAAUAAUUGACAUCGCAAAUUUGACAUCGCAUAAAACAAUAGAAAUCUUUAAAAUAAGAUACUGAAAAUAGGAAUAGACAAUAGACAAACGUUUAGAACAGUUCCUUUAAACAUCUUCGGCGUAAAAGAUAAAAAAAUCCAGUAU